GUUUUUUUUUCCUAUCCUCUUUUUUUAAACAACAAUGUUUGGAAAAAGCGCUUUCGGUAGUACGGGAGGCUUCGGUCAACCACAACAACAACAACAACAAAAUACUUCUGUCUUCGGACAACAACCACAGCAACAACCUAGCGCUUUUGGUGGUUUUGGUGCUUCUUCUACACCUAGUGCCUUCGGUGCUGCACCUGCUACAACAAGUGCUUUCGGUCAACCUGCUCAACAAUCUGCAUUUGGAGCUGCACCCGCUACAGGCGGUUUCGGUAGUACUGGUUCUGCCUUUGGUCAAGCUAGACCCUCAGCAUUUGGUAGCACAACUACAGGUGCUUUUGGCUCAACUCAACCUGCUGCCACUUCUGGAUUUGGUGGAUUUGGUUCAACACCUACCACUUCAGCAUUUGGAAGCACUACAACUCAAAGCAAUAGCGGCGGUUUGUUUGGCCAACGUCCUGCCACAAACGCCUUUGGAUCCACUACCACAAGUGCAUUUGGACAACCACAACAACAACAACAAACAUCAGCAUUUGGCGGCAUGGGCACUACAACAUCUGCUUUCGGCCAACCUGCUGCUGGUGCUGGUGGUGUCAAUCAAGGUACAGCUGUAGCUGACUUUGCUCCUACUCAAGAUCGUGAUAUUACAACGGGCGUAAACAACUUUUUCCAAACGAUCACUGCCAUGCCUCAAUACAGAAACUAUUCACUUGAAGAGCUUCGUUUGCAAGAUUAUCAACAAGGAAGAAAGACAGCUGGUGCUGCUGGUGCUGCUGGCGGUGCAUUUGGUCAACCUGCCACGUCUGCAUUUGGUCAACCUGCCACAGGUGGCGCAUUCGGUCAACCUGCUGCUGGUGGAGCAUUUGGCCAACCCGCUGCUCAAACUAAUGCUUUUGGUCAACCUGCUCAACAAACAAAUGCCUUUGGUAGUACCACACCUGCUACAGGUGGUCUUUUCGGUCAACAGCCCUCUGCAAACACAUCUGCCUUUGGUCAGCCUGCUGUCACAGGUGGUUUUGGACAAACAGCAACGACUUCAGCCUUUGGUCAACCGGCAACCAAUCCAACCACUGGUUUCGGUGUAGGUGCUACUGGCGGAUUUGGUGCUGCUGCUUCAAAACCAUUUGGUGGAUUUGGUAGUACACCCGCUCCUGCUACUGGUGGAUUCGGUCAAACAACAACUUCUGCUUUCGGCCAACAACCUGCUACUACAUCAGCAUUUGGUCAACCUGCCGCUCAAACCACUGGUUUCGGUGGUUUUGGUCAAAAGCCUGCCACGACACCUGCUACUGGAGGUUUUGGUGGUUUUGGUGCCACAAACACAACUCCUGCUACUGGAGGAUUCGGUAAUGCCACAGGCGGUUUUGGUGCUGCUGCUGCCAACAAGCCUACAACAUCUUUCUUUGGUGCCUCUACAACAACGCCUGCCUCAGGUGCUGGUACCACUGGUUUUGGUGGUUUUGGUGCUACUACCACACCCGCUGCUGGAGGUUUUGGUCAAACUUCUACUGCAGGCGGCACUGGUCUCUUUGGUGCUGCUAAGCCUGCUGCUCCUACAACCUCUCUCUUUGGCAACACUAUGGGUGCUACUACAGGAACAACAGGUUUUGGUGGGUUUGGUACUGGACAAGCAGCCACAGGUAACAGCUUGUUUGGCCAAAAGCCUGCUACAGGCGGUUUAGGCGGUACAGGUACUGGUUUGUUUGGUAACAAUACAUUGGGUGGCUCCACUGGUUUUGGUGGCUUUGGUCAACAACCUCAAGCAGGCACCAAUACGUUCAACUUGCCUGCUACAGGUGGAUUGACUUCCUUUGGUACUAACCCUCUUCAGCCUGGUAUUCAACAGCAACCUAUGAUUGCUAGUGUAGACAAGAAUCCCUAUGGUAACAACCCCUUGUUUGAUUUGAGCAAGGUAUCCAACACCACAGGUGCCAAGACCGGUCCUUCUGCUGUUCCUGUCGAUGGCUCUCAACGUAAGCCACAAGGACCCCAUUACCCUAUUUCUCCUCGUGUUGUCAGCAAGAUCAAGCUUCGUGGUUUCAGUUAUCAUCCUGGCAACAACUAUGCUGCUAAAAAGAACGCUCCUGCAGGCAGUUUAGACGGUAUCAGUGAUGACGCUGUCCUUGGAGCUGGUGCCUUUGCCCCUCGUCCCAGCAGCAAGAAAUUAGUCUUUGACGAUAAUGUUGAUACAGCCAAUAUUGUUGCUCUUGUUAACAAGAAAUCCGACAAGAGAAAGGUUCUUUUUGAUCCUCAACUUGAAUGUGUUGCUUCUCAAGAUAACCAAGCUUCAGCCACUGCUACCACGACCACUACUACUACCACAACAACAACUACGGUUGCCAACUUAACAACAACAACUCUCACUACACCUGUUACAUCUGAACCCACUCCCGCUACCACAUCUACAUUAUCUGCUGUUGCCAAAAAGAAUGGCUAUUAUAUCUCCCCUUCUCUUGAAUUGCUUUCCAGCAUGCCAAAGGAAGGAUUAAAACAAGUCCAAAACUUAGUUGUGGGUCGUAAAGGAUUUGGUGAAAUUAGAUUUGAACAAAGCGUAGACUUGUCUGAUAUCGAUCUUGAAGAAAUCAUGGGUCAUCUUGUUGUGAUUGAAGAGAAGACGGCUGUUAUCUAUCCUGAUCAAGACAGCAAACCUCCUAAGGGAACUGGCUUAAAUGUACCUGCGAUUGUGACACUUGAGAACUGCUUUACACGCGAUAAGAACACAAGUGCACCUAUCAAGGAUCCUGAACAUCCUCGUUUCAAACUAUUCAAGGAAAGACUUGUUAAGCGCUCUGGUGUUGACUUUGUCGAUUAUGAUGAUGCUACUGGUAAAUGGACCUUUAGGGCUCAUGAGUUUUGAAGUUGUAUUUGAAUAAAGAAAAGGACUUAAGCAGAUCAUGAGAUACAUAAGUAAUGCUUACAUUAGAUUAUAAGAAAGAGCAGAAAAUAGAAGGGAGAUAAAUUAGUGGCAGAUAUGAACC